AUGGAUGGAACGAGGGGGUCACGACUAGGCGAGGAUGAGGGACUGGAAAAAUGUGAUAGUCGCGCGUCCGGGUCGGAGUCCAACAGCAGCUUAGACACUGCUGAUAACAGCACUCCCCGCGAACCACUCGAUACUUCCGGACGACCAGUUUCGCGGGCCCUAUCGCGAACCAUCUCUGAGGUACGAGAUGGGAUCGAAUCGAGGCGGGAUCUGGAAGAGGGACAACUCACCGACGAUGAGGAAAAUACUGCUGCCGCCACCGCGCCAGACACCAGCGACCCUAAUCUGGUGACUUGGGAAGGCUCCGACGACCCAGAAAACCCCAAGAACUGGCCGUUCCCUAAGAAAUGGGGUGUCGUCUUCAUCGUGUCCAUGUUCACUUUCGUCUCGCCUGUCUCCUCGUCUAUGGUGGCUCCGAGCUUGACUACAAUCGGCGCUGAAUUAGGAAUCCCAGAAGGCUUCCGACAGAACCUCGUCCUAUCGGUAUUCAUCCUCGCUUACGCCAUAGGACCCUUGGUCUGGGGUCCGCUCGCAGAGAUUUAUGGCAGAGUAUCUGUGCUACAGUACUCGAACCUUGGGUUCCUCGCCUUCACUAUAAGCUGUGGCUUCGCGCGUACUCAAGGGCAAAUUAUCGCCUUCCGCUUCCUCUCGGGUCUGGGCGGGUCUGCCACUCUUGCUAUUGGUGGCGGUGUACUCAGUGAUCUUUUCGUUGCUGAACAGCGUGGCCGCGCUAUAUCAAUAUACAGCUUAGCUCCCCUUCUAGGCCCAGCCGUCGGCCCUAUCGCUGGCGCCUUUAUUACCGAGAACACGACCUGGCGCUGGGCCUUCUGGGCUACUAGCAUUGCUGAUGCCGUCAUCCAGGGAGCCGGCCUAUUCUUCCUACGUGAGACUUAUGCCCCAAUACUCCUGAACCGCAAGCGUCAGCGACUCAUCGCCGAAACCGGGAAUGCCGCCCUGCGCACCCCGUACGAUGAUGCCAAAUCUGACAGCAGAAGCCUUUUGACGAUUUUCGGUACUGCUAUGACCAGGCCUUUCCGAUUGCUCGCCACUCAGAUCAUCGUCCAGUGUAUUGCGUUGUAUAUGAUGUACAUCUAUGGACUUAUGUACCUCCUGCUAGCAUCGUUCCCUUCGCUCUUCACCGCCCCGCCACCAGCUGGUUACGGUAUGUCUAUAGGGAUAGGUGGGUUGAAUUACAUCAGCUUAGGCCUAGGAUUCUUCGUCGGUUCGCAAACUACCGCUCCUCUACAGGAUCGGAUCUACGCCGCGCUCAAGCGACGAUAUGGUGUCGGCAAGCCCGAGCACAGAGUUCCUAUGAUAAUCCCCGGCUCUAUCUUCGUCCCCUUUGGACUAUUCAUCUACGGCUGGACAGCCGAGUAUAAAACACACUGGAUCGGCCCCAACAUCGGUGCCUUCAUCUUCGCCAUCGGAGCUAUCAUCUGCUUCCAGUCGCUGCAGGCGUUCGUGGUUGAUUCAUACCAACGGUAUGCCGCGAGCGCUGUCGGUGCCGCCACCGUGCUACGGUCUCUGGCUGGCUUUGGCUUUCCGCUCUUUGCACCUUACAUGUAUGACCGGCUGGGUUAUGGUUGGGGUAACUCCCUGAUGGCAUUCCUCGGUAUUGCGAUAGGUUGGCCUUCGCCAAUAUUAUUAUGGAAAUAUGGCGAAGUGCUGAGGAAGAGGAGCCCAUUCGCUGCGGGCGGUUAG